GAUGUUUUUGGGGGCCUUCGUCCAUCCUCCCCAUCCUUGCAGCUGUUACCUUGGCGGGAGAGCAGUUUAGAUGGCCUGGGUGGUCCAGGCAAGGAUGGCCUCACCAGCUCCACUCUGCCCCGGAAUUACAAAGUCUCUCCACUGGCCAGCGACCGGCGGACAGAGGUUGGGGGAUAUCGUCGCUCCUUGGGCCCAGGGGUCCCUGGCACCCUUCCUCGAAGCUGGCAGCCAGCCAGCCGCAUCGCCAUGCCACCAACCAGCCCCCAGGCCAGGGGGGCCCCCCGCCAGCGCCCUAUCCCGCUCUCCAUGAUAUUCAAGUUGCAAAAUGCCUUCUGGGAGUAUGGGGCAGGCAAGGCAGGGCCUCCGGGCUCACCCAUUAUCACACGGGCCCCCAUACCUAAGUUGACCCCCCAGGUCCCAGCCCCAGCCCCAGCUCCUCAGAGCCCGGUCCCAGCCCCACAGAGCCCAGCCCAGCCUCCAGCCACCCAGCUUGUACCACCUGCGCGGCCUCCAGGAGGUGAAGGUUCUGCAAAGCCCCCUGAAGAACCAGAGCCAGAACCAGAGCUGGAGGGGCUGUUGGCCCCAACGCUGGAGGUCGUGGAGACUGAGGAAGGGGCUGUACCUCGGCCCCUGAGCCCCACGCGGCUACAACCGGCGCUACCCCCAGAAGCCCAGACGGUGCCCGAGCUGGAGGAGGUGGCCCGGGUGCUGGCAGAGAUACCACGGCCCCUGAAACGCCGAGGCUCGAUGGAACAGAGCCCCGGCCCAGCCCUGCCCCCCACGCACAAGAAGCAGUACCAGCAAAUCAUUAACCGCCUGUUCCAUCGGCAUGGGGGCAGUGGUGGUGGUGGCGGCGGUGGUGGCCCUCCCCGUGAUGGUGGUGGUGGACCUGGUGGGCCUGAACCUGAGCUGCCCCCCAUUACUGAGGGCUCUGACACAAGGGCAGGGCCCCCUGCCCCAGCCCCCCCAGCUCCUACCCUAGCCCCCAGCCUGCCUGAUCCACCGCCACCCCAGAGCACAGAAAUGCGCUCAGUGCUUCGGAAGGGGGGCUCCCCUCGCAAGGCCCGUCGGGCCCGCCUUAACCCCCUGGUGUUACUGCUGGAUGCGGCACUGACUGGGGAGCUGGAUGUGGUGCAGCAGGCAGUGAAGGAGAUAAAUGACCCCAGCCAACCCAAUGAGGAGGGCAUCACGGCCCUGCACAAUGCCAUCUGUGGUGCUAACUACGCCAUUGUGGACUUCCUCAUUGGUACUGGUGCCAAUGUUAACUCCCCGGACAGCCAUGGCUGGACGCCCUUACACUGUGCAGCCUCUUGCAAUGACACAGCCAUCUGUACAGCCCUGGUGCAGCAUGGGGCCGCCAUCUUUGCCACAACCCUGAGUGAUGGGGCCAUGGCCAUCGAGAAGUGCGACCCUUACCGGGAGGGCUAUGCAGACUGUGCCACUUACCUGGCAGAGGCCGAGCAGAGCAUGGGCCACUUGCAUGGAGGGGCAGUCUAUGCACUCUGGGACUACAGCGCCGAGUUUGGGGACGAGCUGUCCUUCCGUGAGGGCGAACCUGUGACUGUCCUGCGCCGAGAUGGCCCCGAGGAGACUGACUGGUGGUGGGCAGCCCUGCGGGGCCAGGAGGGAUAUGUGCCCAGAAACUACUUUGGGCUGUUCCCCAGGGUGAAACCUCAGCGUGGCAAGGUGUAGGACCCCAGACCAAGUGCCAGGAGGAGCCAAUGCCAAGAUGAGGAACAAGGGGGCAUUUCUCCCCCUCACUCCUGCUAAUGGAGGUGGGGAGGGGGGAUGAGCUUGGAUCCUGUCUUUGAGAGGGGAAGGGGUGCGCUGAAUCCAGUCCCUAUUACAACUACCCCUCUCAGCCUCCAGCCACAUGUCCAGAGCACCAGCACCAGAAUGGAGUGGAUAGGGCUGAGCCAGAUCAAUCAGCUCCACCCAAACACCCCCGCCCAAAAACCCAACCCCAACCAGCCCCCCACGAUUCCAGAAAAUAUAAGGUUCCCCCACCCAACGCACACAGCACCAGCCUCAAAUGAACUCUGACCUAUGCUGUCCUCUGCUCUCCCCACCAGCAGCCUUGGGGGUUGGGGGCGUAGUAACCUCUCCCUUCUCCCCCCAAACCAAGUGCCUCAAGUCUUGUCUGGUCUCUGUUUGUAAUUAAAUAGGAAAAAUAAAAAUACUUUCUAAUUAAAGCUA